AUGCAAUUCACAUCCACUCUCCUUCUCGCAGCCACCGCGCUCGCAACUCUGUCCACCGCAAACACAGUCCACUUCGUCAACCAAGACUCCACAUCUCGCACCAUUUACUUCACGGCCACAGACGGCAACGCCUACAUCGCUCCUCUCUCGGUCUCUGGCCUUGCCACCGAGUCCACCACCUUCCCCGACUCCUGGAUCGGCAACUGGCACUCCGUGUCAUCGGGCGCCGAGAAUGUUACCGGCAUGCUGGGAGAAGUCCGCUGGAACGGCUUUGGCGGGUCCAACUACUUCGACGUGUCAGCUAUUGUAAACCCAAACGACAAUGAGGGCGUCAAGGAGAUCAUCCCCAAAUUCUCAAAUACGCCUGUCAGCGGAUGCCAAACAUUCCCAUGUAGCAAUGCUUACAACAAGCCCGACGAUAUCGCUACGCUCAGCACAACAGAUUCCGAACUUAUCUGUCUGCUUGGAAACACCGGCAGCGCGAGACGUCAUGCUAGGGAUUUUGCCGAGAAGAAUUAA